AUGGAGGUGCGAAAACCUUGUUCGAGCUUUCUGGCCAAUCGAUCUACGUCCAAGGAAAAUGUGCUUCCUAAAAAAGAAGGCCGCGUUAUCUUGCUCUCGCAUUCCCAUUCUCAGCAGCGUUAUUUCUUUCUCUUCAGUGACCUUCUGUUGAUCGUGAAAGAAAAGGCACGAAGCACCUAUUGCCUGAAAGAGAAAGUGCCGUUGUGUCAGUUGUGGCUGAGCGAAGAAGGGGUGGAAGAGAUUGCUGACGACUGCAAUGACAAACGGUGCUGUUUUGUGAUCGGCUGGCCCACUGUGAACUAUGUCGCUAAAUUUAGUUCUGCAAACGAGCGAGAUGGUUGGUUAGCGACGUUAAAAGAUUCCGUUUUCAAAGAGAAAUGUCGAGAAUAUCCGAAGAGACUGCCGGUAACCGUGCGUUUUAAAAGCGAGGAUAAAUACAUGAUGCGAAAGUUUGUCUUUUGUAACUUUGAGACGACCGCUGAUAUCAUCCGCAAGGCUGCGGCCGAAUUCGGUGUGAAAGAUCACAAGUUUUACGAUUUGUGCUUGUUUCCUUGCAAGGAGGCGAAUGAAUAUGAGUUUUUACGACAGCUGCCUGAAUAUCUGUUGAUGACGUCAAGGUUCGAUGAUUGGAUGAAAGCAAUUGACUCUGGCCAAACCGAGAACGAGAAAUGCUAUGAAAUCGCCAAACUCAUCUCGGAACUACCGCAGCCGAACAGGACGUUCUUAAAACACCUUAUUUGCCUCUGCUGCCACAUAGUCGAUCACGCUGACGUGAAUCACAUGGACAGCCAAAAUCUGUCCAUUUGCAUCGGUCCGAGUUUACUUCAGCCUCCUUUGUAUUUCGUUAGUCUCGAAGAUCUCAGAAGUAAAAAAGUGGCCGAAAUCACUAAAUUUAUGAUCGACAACGCCGUGGAGCUUUUCGGUGAGCACUGCCUUCAUCUGUUUGACGACUUUAUGCCUGCGUCUGAUUCUCGUCUGGAAAGGCAAAGAUAUCUAGACCCUUUCCACGAUAGUGUAAAAAAGUCUUGCUCUAUCAGUAAUUUACCAGUAGAAGAAAGAAAUGGCGAUCGGAUUCUGAAUUCUUCCUCAUCUGGUAGACAUUUGGUCAGUCGUUCGAGAGACUCUGGACUUUGCGAUAUGCACACGUGCAGAGACGAAAAGCUAGAGCUACAUGAAAGCGCAAAAACUCUUUCUGAAUGUGACUGCUCUGUCGACCAGCUAGCGAAGAAAUGCCGAGUUAUGAGUGCGGCAUCACCAGUGAUGAACGCAGAAUCGAAAGCGGCAGCUGCAAAAAGCGCGUGCAGCAGUGAUUCUCUUACCCACAGUAUUUCUGCCGCCAAUAGUUCUUCAGACGGUGCAAACUGCAGCCCUGUGGAAGACGACGUGACGGUCAGAAGGCGAAAUUUUGCAUUGCAUCGAGAGCGAAACCCGGCAUUUUGUUCACCAGUGGGAAACUAUUUCCCCUGCAAAUACCAAACUCGGAAGACCGCCGUGAAAAGCACUUCCUUGGAAUCGGCGAAAGAACGGAUUGAUCGGCUCACUGGUGGUCUUCGCGACGUUUCGUCCGGACUUAGAACAGCUGUUCGAGUGUCUGAUUCGUACUUUACUGUGAAAUCGCUGCUUCCUGCUGAUGCGGACCCUCCUCAUUGUGUCAUGAGAAUUCCUUCAAAUCAGCAGCGCACCGGCUCUCUGACUGAAAGUAGGCGUUAUUUACAGGACAGUACACGAUACUUUCAAAGUGGCGUGAUUCGAAUAAUUCCGACUUCAUCUACGGUAACCUCAUCGGCUGCGGUUUACGCAAAAAGCUUCAAUGUUUUGUUGAGGUCAGAUUUUGCGCCGUCGGCUGAUUCUGCGCGUAGACCUUAUCGAACUACCCAUUCCGGAUUUACGAUUCCUUUGAAAACGGUCGAGAAAUGCUUGUCGUUGCAGAAGCUACCAUUUGAUUCAGAAAUUGUACGAACGAAUCCGCAGCACCUUGAUUCUAAUUGGCUUCGUAAUCCGUCCAGAUAG